CACAGUGCUGUUUGGUCGCUGUAAUAGUAAAUAGAUCGGGCUAUUAUUUAUCAUCAAUUUUUUCAAAUCGUUCUGUGUCGUGUUUUGUUCUUUAUUUACUUGUGUUUAAAAGUUCAGUGUAGUGUUGUUUUUACGGAAUAUAUUCGCAACGGUUGAAAUAACAAACUCGAAAAUGACUUUCGCUUCGAAAACUUUCAAAAAAACUCCCAUUUACAUAGUAGAGCCGCAUAACGAGGUACUUCCAUUUAUUUACCGAUGCAUUGGAUCAAAACAUCUGCCAUUUCAAGGAAAUACCUUCAUUCAUUUGGAUUCUCAUCCAGACAUGCUGGUUCCUAAAGAUAUGGUGGCAGACAUGGUCUGGGAUAAAAAUGAUUUAUUCGAAGAAAUAAGCAUUGAAAAUUGGAUGUUACCUGCUGCUUAUGCUGGGCUCUUGAAAAACAUCGUUUGGGUUAAACCACCGUGGGCCAAUCAAAUGGUGGACGGAGUUCGAACCUUCCUCAUCGGAAAACAUAAAGAGAGCGAAACAAUAAGAUUAACCUGUACGGAGCCUUACUUUGUGAGCGAAGGUCUGUACUGCUCGGCGGACGAGUUGGAAAAUACCAAGGAGGUGACUCUCCACGUAAUCACCAUUGGGAAAGGCAUCACCGAGCCGCACGAAGUCGACGACUUCGUCAAAGUCGGCUCGAUUCUGCGCAAGUACCUGCCCGAGAAGGACAUGCCGUACAUCUUGGACAUCGAUCUUGAUUUCUUCAGCACCAAGAACCCCUUCCGAGCUCUGUACGAAAAAGCCAACCUGUACGAGAAGCUCGGCAAAAUUUAUUAUUUCGAGCGGCCGGCGUCCUGCGAUCCCGAGAUUUUAGCGACAGUCAGUGCUGCUAGAGACGAGCAACUUACCGAGUUGCACGAUCUCUUCUCCAUUCUGCAGCAAGAACGCACUUUGGCUAGUUUCGAGGAAGCCGCCAACUCGCCUUGGUACGAAGCGGUGAAGGAGCUCCACCAAGAAAUGCAUAAACAUUACAAGGAUCAAGAGAUCGAUUGGAUGCUGGUGCACAAUUCAGGUUGUACCAUCGACGACACCGAACUCCCGCACCACGUAACUUCUAGACCUGAUUUGGAACGUUUUAUCGAAGGUGCAUUCAGGGCAUUUUUGUUGGCUCUGCCGGCAUUGCCAACGAUCGUCACUGUAGCCAGAUCAUCUAUCGACGAGUACUGCCCCGAAGAAGAUGUCGAUCUGAUACAAGACGGAGUUCUUCGUGAAUUGGAGUCAAGAAUCGGACACGAAGUUGACGUUACCAAGACUUACAAUGAAGAGGUUUUAGGCUGAAGUAUAGCUUGAUGCUGAUUCAUUUCCGUGUAUUCGACAGCGUUUAUAAUUAUUAUUCUUUAAUUUGUGUGUUUUUGCAUGUUUGUUACGCUGUGUUAAUUU